AUGGCGUCUUGCAGACUGCUCUCACAAACGCAGUAAUGAUGCGGCCAGUAUGUACAUUAUUUACUAUUAAAAUGUGCAUCGUUUCAAAGAGAUCCCUGUGCUCAGCGUUCCUGCCUAACUCUUUUUCUCUUUUCCUCUUCAUGCUGCCACCCUGCUGUCCUGCUGUCCUCCUUUAACAACAGGACUGCCUUGUCCUGGUGAAAGCAAAGUUAGAAAUAUGGAGUCUGUUUACAUUAAACAGGAGGAGGUUCUGGAGUUGGUACCUGUCUGCAUUAAACAGGAGAUGACUGAACUGGAGCCUGUCCACAUGAAAGAAGAGACUGAACUGGAGCCUGUCCACAUUAAAGAAGAGACUGAACUGGAGCCUGUCCACAUUAAAGAAGAGACUGAACUGGAGCCUGUCCACAUGAAAGAAGAAGAGACUGAACUGGAGCCUGUCCACAUUAAAGAGGAAGAGACUGAACUGGAGCCUGUCCACAUUAAAGAAGAGACUGAACUGGAGCCUGUCCACAUUAAAGAAGAGACUGAACUGGAGCCUGUCCACAUGAAAGAAGAAGAGACUGAACUGGAGCCUGUUCACAUUAAAGAAGAGACUGAAUUGGAGCCUGUUCACAUUAAAGAAGAGGAGACUGAACUGGAGCCUGUCCACAUUAAAGAAGAGGAGACUGAAUUGGAGCCUGUUCAGAUUAAAGAGGACGAGACUGAACUGCAGCCUGUCCACAUUGAAGAGAAGUCUAUUGGCUGCUUGUUUAAGGAUACAGAAAAAAUAUCCCGGCCAAAGAUAUCACAUCAAUGUAAUGAAUGUGGGAAGAGUUUCAGCUGGCCAGGAAACCUAAAAACACACCAGCGAAUUCACACUGGAGAGAAGCCAUAUCAAUGUACUGAAUGUGGGGAGAGCUUCAGUGCGUCAGGAGGCCUAAAAAGACACCUUCGAUUUCACACUGGAGAGAAGCCGUAUCACUGUUUUAAAUGUGGGAAAAGCUUCACUGAGAAAGGAACACUAAACAAACACCAGCGAAUUCACACUGGAGAGAAGCCUUAUCAAUGUACUGAAUGUGGAAAGAGCUUUAAUGUGUCAGGAAGCCUAAAAAGACACCAUCGAUUUCACACUGGAGAGAAGCCGUAUCACUGUUUUGAAUGUGGGAAAAGCUUCACUGAGAAAGGAACACUAAACAAACACCAGCGAAUUCACACUGGAGAGAAGCCGUAUCAAUGUACUGAAUGUGGGAAGAGCUUUAAUAUGUUAGGAAGCCUAAAAAGACACCAUCGAUUUCACACUGGAGAGAAGCCAUAUUGCUGUUUUGAAUGUGGGAAAAGCUUCACUGAGAAAGGUAAACUAAAAAAUCACCAGAGAACUCACACUGGAGAGAAGCCGUAUCACUGUACUGAAUGUGGGGAGAGCUUCAGUCGGUUAGGAAACCUAAAAAGACACCAGCGAAUUCACACUGGAGAGAAGCCAUAUCACUGUACUGAAUGUGGGGAGAGCUUCAGUGAGUCAGGAAGCCUAAAUAGACACCAACGCAUUCACACUGAAGAAAAGCCGUAUCACUGUGUUAAAUGUGGGGAGAGCUUCAGUCAGUUAGGAAACCUAAAAAGACACCAGCGAAUUCACACUGGAGCCAGCCUCCCUCCCCUCCCAGUCCCUCACCUCUCCACCCUGCUUGCUUGAGUGUGUGGAGAGCUGACUGAUUCCUUGUCUCUCUCUCACCCUGCAGUAAAUGAAGGGGGUCUCCAGGAGUGAGAGCCAGCCUGAAUCCAGAGACACUGAGAAGGGGAGCGUGUCAAACUGAAGGAGACAGACCCAUUCUUUCAGAAUGAACUGCAUUGGAAAUGAAUCUCACUCAUCAUGCUGUGAGGAUUUAUGCCAAGCUUGUUUCUGUGAACACAUUAAACAAAGAUGCCAAAAACACAUCCUAUUUUUAAAAUACCAUUACUGUACCAGUGUCGGUGAGAACAGAAGUGAAUUAUUUAAAAGAAUCUAAAACUAAAACUCUCUUCAUGGGUGUGGCAGCAGUGUGCCCUUCAUAUUACUAGAAUGGCCUCUAAGCUAUUGCUCCAGUGCAAGCACAAGCUGAAGCAACCUUUUUUUAUUUCACCUGGUGCAAACUUUGCACUGAAGCAAAUGCUGUUUUACAUUUUGACCACUUUUUUAAACUUUUAAAUUGCAUUCCCUGCCUCAAGAUGGCUUCACAUGUACCUGCAUGGACCUCUCAGAACUACAUUUCCCAUCAUCCUCCUGCUCACAUAUGUAACCAAGAUGGAUUUACCAGUGAGCAGGAGGAUGAUGGGAAAUGUAGUUCUCAGAGGUCCAUGCGGGUACAUGGGAAGCCAUCUUGAGGCAGGGAAUGCAAUUUAAAAUUUAAAAAAAAGUGGUCAAAAUGUAAAAAAAUAAAUUAAAACAAAACACACUCCUUACAUAAACAGUUGUAGCAACACAUGGGGAUAUGUAACACAAUCAAAUAAAAAGGUCCUUAUGCACUCUUUAAGUACUGAUAACCUCCAAGCUUGUUGUAUACUGGAGCCCUAUGAUUUUAGUAGAGCUGUAUAAAUAUACUGUAAAACAUGAAAAGUUUGCAAGCAAACAAUUCACAAAAUGUGCAUUUACUCAAAUCUGCAAAACCUACAUGCUACAACAUUACCAUCAUUACUACAUUCAUAGUUUAUACAGUUUGAAUAAUUGAUCUAAACAAUCUGCAGAAUGAAGUUGCCUCAGACUGUUUGACAGUAACAGAGCUGGUGCUUUUGUGGAAUCACCAUUAGCUGUUUAUUCCUUUUGGGCAAAAUAUGGCUUGUUUGCUUGUAUUGUGUAUCAGUAUGAUAUCAUUAGAGUGACAAUGCAGUACAUCCAAAGGCAGGCUUAGUUAUUUAUAAAGGAUUUCAUUGACGUUGAGUUUGAGUUCCUGUAUGUUUUCCAGUAUCUGUGUGUAUAAAGGGCACAUUAUUAUGUUUCCAUUACCUCUGUAUGUAAAAGGUUUGUCAUUGUUUAAACUGUCAAUGAUUCCUGAGAUACAGAUCUGCAAUGGAACUGAACAAACCCAAGAGAGACAUUGGAAAAGGGGAAGAUGCUGCUGUUUGUGGUGAAUAUUCCCUGAAUAUGAUAUUAAUACAUGAAAGUGUAUUAUAAAUGUAACUGGACAGAUUAAUGCAAUCUCUGUGUCUUGAAGAAAAAGGGCUCCUUUCCUGCAGACACACUGAACUGUGUGACCCCUGAACUAGGUGAGCAGGGCUGGGUGGCAUCUGGACUGGAUUAGGCUGAAAGGACAGUUGAAUUCUGUACAGAUAAUUCACAGCGGCAACAAGAAGCGGUUUGACGCGAGGAAGACAUAAAGCAUCGAUGUCCUAGCGGAAAAGGACAUUAAACAUCAAAGGACUGAGUUUUAAGGUGCAAGAUGAACAAAUGACCUAAUGGAUAGCAACCUAGCAUAGAGAAAUGCUAUAAAUAUUCAAGCAAAACUAAACAUGUUGUGCUCCACUUUGAUUGCUAAACUAAUUGCUGUCACUCUGUUAUGCCAAGCUGCAACUCCGGGACUGUGACUGAGAACACGACCCAAAAAGGGAAGGCAAGCUAGUAAACGAGCAAAUGCAGAGAGACUGAGUUUGCUGUAAGCCAGUAUAGUUCCAGUUGCGUUUUCCUCUCAUGAAACUAAAUUAAUUAAUUGUAACACUAUCACGUACAAUUGAAAUGUUAAUUGUUUAGUUUGCACACCUUGUGUGUGAAAUAACGUUUUAGUGAAACUAUAAGUAAUCUAUCUCAUAGUUGGAUGAAGAAUGUAUUUUAAAGUAAACUUGCUAUAUCGAUAAACAAUUUACUAUUAGUUAGCUUAGUGUGAUCUAUUGUAAGAUUGUCUGACCCAUUUCAGUUUAGGCUGUAUGUGUGUGUGUGAGUGUAAGCAGUGUCAUAUUUCACUGGUCCUGCUAGAUGCUUUAAUGCAGGCUGAGAGCUUUGACUGACUGGAAUAGAUUACAGAUAUAUGAUCAAGGGUUUUGCCUCACUCUAUAGAAUGAACUAAUUUUGCUUCAUAGUCAAAUGAAACCUGCUGAAUAAUGUUACGUUAACAUAUUGAAUUACAGUGAUUUGUAGUUUUGCAUAUACUGAAUGAAAAAGUGACAGAUAUUGAAAUAAAUUGACAUUUUGAAAUCUGUGAUGAAGUACUGUACUACUAUUAUGGCAUCCAGUAGACUUUUGUUAUAUCCUUGUGUAGUUUCUUUGAUUACACAAUGUUAAUUAAAAGUUAUGAAUUGUACCAAAAAUUCUAGGUGAUGCUAAACUUUUGUCCAAGCUGCACAUAUAAAUCAGCACUGCCAUUAAAAUAGAAUGUUUAAAGCUUUAUAUAUUGUGUAUCAAUUGCAUCCUGUAAGACAGUGUGAAGUGUAGAUGAUGCUAUUAAAAGAGAACACCUUUACACAUUUCACUAUUCAGAAGCCACUAAUAAACUUUGCAUUGAUUUUACACUGAA